UUCACAGAACAAACUUCGAUCACAGCUUCUUGCAUUUUUUCCGAUUGUGGAUGCGAGACCAACUUUUGCUUUUCUUACUUCCUGUGAGGGUCGAUUUAUUUUCACAGAGAGCUGCGAUGCUUCCACUCUGCCUCUUGACUUUUGCUGCCACCAUCCAGGCCCACAACCAGCUGUUGCCAGGCUCCUGCAACUUUGAGUCCAACACCUGCGGAUAUACGUCAGAUCCAGACUUUAUGAGCUGGUCCCUGCAAAAAGAUGGCCACUUUGUUGCUGUGGAUGCAGUCGUGAACGAUGACCAGGAUGAUGAGACAGGUGCAGAUGCCGGCCUACAGAGAGAGAUCACAGGGAUCCUGCUGAGCCCGGCUCUGGAGCAGGGCGAGUGGAGCUGCCUGAGGCUAGUCUACCAGAUCACUGGGUCGGGAAGCCUGGAGGUCCUACUGCGCACAGAUGGAAAGAGCUUUGACAAGCCACUGUGGAGCAGUCAGGCGCCCUCUGACAGCUGGGUCAUCUCCAGCAUGGACUUGCAGAACAACACUGAGCCUUACAAGGUUGUCAUCGAAGGUAAACCAGGACAGAGCCCUGGGAGCAGCGUGGCCGUCUUCGAGAUCCACAUAAGCCCCGGAUACUGCCUGGAGUGUGAUUUUGAGGAUUCUCACCUGUGUGGAUACAGUAAUCAGUGGAACGCCAAUGUAAACUGGUAUGUUGGAGGAGGCGGGCUCCAGCUCCUUCACAACAAUGUACCAAAUGACCACACAUACAGCAACAAGACAGGUCACUUGAUGUACGUGGACUCCAUCUACGCCAAGACUUUCAAAGAAGUGGCCAAGCUGGUGUCUCCCAUGACGACGAUGCCCAUGUCCGGCUGCCUGAGUUUUCAGUACCAACGGAGUGAGGAGACAGGCAACCUUUUCUCUGUUUUCACCAGGGACCAACUAGGUCAGUACCAGGAGCUGUGGAGGGCAGGGACAGAAAACCAGAGUGACUGGAGCAGGAUGCUGGGAGAAUGGAUGCCUGUGCAGGUGGACCUGAAGGCACCGUAUGCUGUACAGGUGGUCUUUGAAGUGGCUUUUAACAGUCCGAGAGGGGGACGCGUUGCAGUUGAUGACAUUUCCUUUUCUCCAGAGUUUUGCAGCACAGACACCGAGCCGACCUUUGACCCCUCCAUUGCCAACUGUGACUUCGAGUCAGGUCUCUGCCACUACACCCAGGACCAGGCGACGGGAUCCUCGUGGAGGAGAGUGUCUGUGAAGCCCAACAUAUUUAGGAACGGGGACCACACCACAGGGGCAGGAUCUUUCCUGUUGGCUCACUCCCGGCUGAGCCCACGCGCCGGUUAUGUUACCCGCCUGAUCGGUCCAACUCUGCCUGGGAACAUGAAGUACUGCUUGAGAUUUUACUUCUCUCUGAGGGGUUUCAACCAGACGGAGCGAGCUCUCACAGUUUAUCUGCAGCAGCAGCAGCAGAGCGGCAGCCAGGAGAAGAUCUGGACCCAGGGGGAGAAGUCCAGAGGAAUCUGGAUCGCGACGGACGUCACCUUCCAGACAUCGCAGCCUGCCAAGGUGGUUUUCGUCAGCACCUGCAGGAGCUUCUGGGACUGCGGCUCUGUGGCUUUGGAUGACAUCAGCGUGAGCCUGGGAGACUGUGAGUUAACAGCAGGCUCGUUGUCGUUGUCUCUCCCAGGACACUGUGACUUUGAAGCUGGCCUGUGCGGUUACACUCAGGACAAGCAGAGCGACGGUGCUGACUGGGAGUGGAGGAGAGGACCAACCCCGACCUCGUACACCGGGCCAAGAGGAGACCACACCUCGGGGCUCGGCUACUACCUGCACAUGGAGGCGUCGCCCAUGCUGCCCGGUCAGAGUGUCCGCCUGCUGUCCCGCCCUCUGAGGGGCUCCAGGGGGCCUCAGUGUCUGCGCUUCUACUACCACAUGUACGGCUCGGGCACGGGCCAGCUCAGCAUCUACCUCAGCAAGGACGGAGAGGACGUGUUGCUGUGGCAACGGAGCGGCGAGCAGAGCAUCGCCUGGCUGAGAGCCACAGUGGAGUACCAGUGUGACAGCCAGCAUCAGAUUGUGUUUGAAGCAACCAGGGGUUCAUCAGUGAGGAGCGACAUCGCCAUUGACGACAUUGUCUUGGAAGGUGGACCUUGCCCAGAAAUUGAGAUCAAGGCCACCGUGGGAACCUCCAAUGAGAUAGAGUAGAGAGCAAGAGGCGAGCAGCUGUGUAGGAUGCAUGAACCCCUGGUUUUUGCACAUUACAGACUCCUGACUCCUACAUGUCAGUCUGAACAUGUAGGAAUGUUGGCAAAAGGAAACUUUUCGUUUAGUUCUAUUUUCAUGGAGCAACACAUAUCAGUUGUGUCAUAGUCAGCAUUUCUCUCUGCCCUGUAGCAACAGAGAGUGUGUUUAACUGUGUUUUUCUUCACAUUUAUAUGCAUUAGAUUAAUGCUCAUGGCUCAA